AUGUACGCGGGGCGCAGGCGGAGGAAGCCGGUGCGGCGGGCGACGGGGCCGGUCCUGGCUGAAGGCGGCGGCUCCAACCCGUCCAAGCGGCACCGGGAGCGGCUGAACCGGGAGCUGGAGCGGCUGGCGGGGCUCCUGCCCUUCCCGCCCGACGUGGUGGCCGGGCUGGACAAGCUCUCGGUGCUCCGCCUCAGCGCCGGCUUCCUGCGCGCCAGGAGCUUCUUGGGCGUUGCUCUGAAGAAUCCUGGUGCCAAAGAAGCCCAGAGGGAUGGAGCCUGUGGCACCGGACCAGCUCCAGGUUUGGCAGAGGUUCCAGAGGGUGAGCUGCUCCUACAGGCUCUCAAUGGCUUCGUGCUGGUGGUGACAUCAGAAGGGCUGAUAUUUUACUCCUCACAUACAAUCCAGGACUAUCUGGGAUUUCAUCAGACAGAUGUCAUGCACCAGAGCAUCUUUGAGCUGAUCCACACCGAAGACCAGCCGGAGUUCAGGCGCAACCUCCACUGGGCUCUGGACCCAGCAGGCACUCCCAAGGGUGAGCCUUCUCCAGCAGCAGGGAAGAGUCUUGACUCUUCUGCUGACAUCUACAAUCCAGAGCAGCUUCCCCCAGAAAACUCCUCCUUCCUGGAGAGGAGCUUUGUGCGCCGCUUUCGUUGCCUCCUGGAUAAUUCCUCUGGCUUCCUGGCUUUAAACCUUCAAGGCAGGUUAAAAUUCCUUCAUGGGCAGAACAAAAGGUCUGAAGACGGCUCUGCCCUGCCCCCCCAGCUUGCUCUGUUCGCCAUCUCCACUCCCCUGCAGGCCCCGUCCCUCCUACAGAUCCGAACCAAGAACAUGAUCUUCAGGACCAAGCAUAAGCUAGACUUCACCCCCUUGGCGUGUGAUGCCAAGGGGAAGAUCGUCCUGGGCUACACUGAGGCAGAGCUGCGGAUGGGUGGCACUGGGUACCAGUUUGUCCAUGCCGCUGACAUGCUGUACUGUGCUGAGAACCACGUCAGGAUGAUGAGGACGGGGGAGAGUGGCCUGACGGUGUUCCGGCUGCUGACCAAGGACAAUCGCUGGAAGUGGGUGCAGGCCAACGCAAGGCUCGUCUACAAGAACGGCAAACCCGAGUACAUCGUGGUCACACAGAGACCCCUUGUAGAUGAAGAAGGAGGAGAGCACCUUCGGAAGCGGUCCAUGCAUCUUCCCUUUACCUUUGCUACAGGAGAGGCGCUUCUAUACCAAAGCGCUCACCCUCUCCCGGGCUUCCCUGACGUUCUCCAGAGCAAAGGGAAGCCCUGCAAGUCCAAGAAACCCUCCUGCAGCCAUGUAGGGCACUCCCAGAAGAAUGGCAUCGACCCUAGGUCCCUGCUGGGCACUGUGAUGCGACAGGAUAAGGCAGUGUAUGCCUCCCACCUACCUUCCACCCUAAACCCUUCCUUCAGCAGCACUUUCCAGCUCGCAGGUGUAUCCUUGCCAGGUGCAGGAGGGAGUGCCUGGAGUAUGGGCACAGCUCCAGCCUUUUCGAGUGGCAACAGCCUCCAAGAGAAGCUGCUGGAUUUGCAGCAGGAGGACCCUCUCUUUGCCACCAAGAACUCACUCUCAAUUAAGAGUGGUGAGAGCUGUUCCAACGAGCUCCUAAAUGCUUUGGAGGGCUUGGGCUUGAAUGCUGAGGACCUGGAGCUCCUGCUGCUGGAUGAGAAAAUGGUGAUGGUCAAUAUGGGCCCAGAGCAGUCCCCAUCCCUGAACGACAGCCUGGCCAGCGAGCAGAUUCUCUCCUACGUGCCUAGCCCUCCAGUGGAUGAGCAUGAGCGAGGGCAGCAGGUCUGUCCCCUGCCAGGCACACCCCCCAGCCCACAGGGAGACACUGCUCCGUGCCACACGGAGAGCAAGCACUUGAAGUGCCACCUGGAGCCACCUGGGGCCCAGCAGCUGCAGGGAGACUUGCCAGCCAUGCAGCCCCUCCAGGAGAAUGCCCACCAGUCCUUCUCCCUGCCCAGCCAGUGCCAGGACCACAUGGCCCCACCCAGCCAGCUGAAACACCAUCACUUGCUGAUGAAUGGAGUGUGUGGCCACAGCCCCAACUCCUCUCCACAGUCUAGCCCAUGGCAGGACUCUGCUUGCCCGCUCCUGGGGUCUCUGGCUCAGCCUGGCUUUCAUGGCCUCAGCCAAGAGGUGAUCUCCCAGCCUCAGGGCUGUUUGGCCAUGUCCUCACAGCCCUUCAACCUAAAUGGAUUAAGCAGCAUGGAAGCUGCCAGCACUGGGGACUCCUGGGAGGAGAUGGCUCCACACUCCAGGUUUUCUCCCCCUUCCUACCAGCUUAUUCUUGAAAAGCAGCUGAGCCCUGUUCCCUCUGUAGGAGUUGGCUCCACCUGCCCCGAGGGACAUGGACGGACAGCACAAGAGCAUCCCUGA